UUGGCGAUUCGUUGUCACACCGCUUAGGGCUGCCGUCUUCCGUGCUUGACCUUGUCGCCGCCUUUGACCCACCACACCUGCACGUUACCCCAGGGUGCAGGGUCCAAUUUCACCAUGCAUAGCAUGCACGUCGAGCGCGGUUGUUGCUGGCAAAUUGCUCGCAUGAAGGACGCGUUUGGUGCAGGAGGUCUGGGAACAACGCCUGUGAUUGGUCAUUCAAGCGAGCAGCCUUGGAAGGAAAUUCAACCCUCUUCAACCUCACUUCACGUCGGCCUACCAAUCCACCUCUCGAUCCACGAUAUCGAACUCCUGCGAAUCCGAGACCGGUGACAGCACUAGACAGUGUGAUAGCUACACUGACUCAAUCAACGUACCAAAGCUAAGUGGCCAAGCCUUCCCUAAGCGAGCUCUCAUCUUCUGCCAGCACAUUUCUGUUCGAAGAUUACCGCAACCUAGGCAAUGGCGAAACAGGUCGCCGCAUCAAAUCUUAGCACUGGCCCAGACACUUACAUGUACGCGUUGGCACAUGUUGGAGACUACUUUGCUACCAUUGCUUCCGAUGACUCGCUACGCAUUUUCGAUGCUUCGUUGAGGCAGCUCGCAGUCACACAGCCACGCAACGCCGGUCUGGCAUGUCUGGAGACGUAUGAUAAUAACACAGUCCUGACCGCAGGCCGUGAUGGCAUCGUUCGAAGGUGCGACAGUCGCGCAAAGCAAGUCUCACAAGUGAGCGAGCCCCAAGGCCGAUCCAUCUCCGCCCUUGCGUGCCGGGAGCAUCUGGUUGCCGCCGGGACGGAGAGUACGAAGGAAGGUCUCGGGGAUGUCAGCGUUCUCCUGUACGAUCUCCGCAACCCAGCAGUGCCGAUGAGAAACUACGCAGAGUCGCAUACCGACUCCAUUACACAGCUUGCUUUUCAUCCAGUACAUCCGAACGGCCUGCUCUCUGGAAGCACCGAUGGCCUAGUCUCACUGUUCGACCUUGGUAUGGCCGAGGAAGAAGAUGCACUGCAGCAAGUUCUCAAUCCCCGCUCAGCAGUGCAUUGCGCUGGCUUUCUAUCUCCAGAUGAGGUCUAUAUCCUGACGACAGACGAGCAAUUCAGCAUUUACUCGCUUGCUGAGGCAGCAGUAAACGGUGAUGCUACCGCUCAAGCGAUAGACUUUGGCGACGUGCGAUCGAAGCUGGAUUGCAUGUACGUAAUAGAUCUGCUCAAGCAAGCAGAUGGUCAGCCGGUGGUUGCGCAUGGCCACAACGAGCGGCAGACGUUGACACUGACCCAACUCGGAAAGCCAGCAUCAUGGGCAUUUGGUCAGAGUUUGCAGCUCCCUGGCGCUCACGGUGGGGAGGUGGUUCGGGAUAUGCUUCUGACCGGAGACAGAGCGUACAGCUGCGGAGAGGACGGGCACGUGCGCGUGUGGAAAUGGACUUGAAGCCUUAGGUCGCUACCGCGGCCCGCACUGAAUGAAUGACACAAUAGCUUUUGAGGCGAUGGAACUCCGCCAACUGGAUUUAGCAGUUCCUGCAGGUGAGCUUUCUUGCAUGAAGUGUAUGGUCGCAGAGUAGCUAAGAGCGUUCGACAGGCCGUAUUCCAACGCAACACGCUAUGCAAUCCGCGAUGCCAGGUUUUAACGCCACCGCUAUGCAGAAUGCCAG